UAUCAGUAAGCAGAGUGGCUUGCAGCUAACUCUGCAAUCCAUGUGACUGCAGUUUCCGUUAGUUCGUUCCGCAAGAUCUGAAAUUAACCUGAUGCUAAGUGAGAGGAAGAAGAAGAAAAAAAAAGGCUGCAGCUAACAUUGCCUUUUGUGAAGCAGCUGAGCGAGAGCAGGAGGGCGGCUGUGUGCAGCAUGAGUGCCCGCGAUCUGUGCACGCUGCCCCGAGCGGACCGUUGCUGUUGAGAUGGAGUCAGUGUUUCUCAGUCUCUCCCUGAGUCUAGUCUUUAUAGUAGCAGGAUGGGGAAACAAGACUGGAAUGGCCCUGGCAACAUAUCACAGGACCUGCAAACUAGUGCACAGAGCUGUGGAUUGCAAUCGGAGAUGGCAAGGCACAGUCCCGGUAGACCUCCCAGCUGACAUAGAGGUGCUUUUCCUGGAUCACAACACUAUACGGACCCUAAAGAAUACCUCUCUGCAGCAAUACCAACAUCUGGAGACACUGAGCCUGCUUGAGAACAGACUGGAACUUAUUGAACCUGGGGCCUUCCUUGGCAGCAGAGACCUCAAAAAUCUCUUCUUGGCAGACAACACCCUCUUUACAAACUACUCUGUGACGGCUGCUGCUCUUUGCUCCUUACCAGCCUUGAGGAAACUGGACCUGUCUGGGAAUCAUCUCACUGAGGACAUGGUGGCUACCAUGCUCUGCAACCUGUCUUCCUUGGAGUCCUUGUCGCUGGCCAGGAACAUCAUAAUGCGCUUGGACUCCUCUGUCUUUGAAAGCCUGAGCCAGCUGCAGGAGCUGAACCUGGAGAAGAACUACAUCUAUGAGAUCGAGGGGGGCACCUUUGAAGGCCUGCAGGGCCUGAAGAUGCUUAAUCUGGCCUACAACUACAUUCCCUGUAUCGUGGAGUUUGGUCUGACCCAGCUCAAGACGCUUAAUGCCAGCAACAACAUCAUCGAGUGGUUCCUGGCCGUAGAGGGUGAUGCUGUCUUUGAGCUGGAGAUGCUAGAUCUCUCCCACAACCGGCUCCUGUUCUUCCCGCUACUACCAAGACAGAGCAAACUGCGCUCCCUGCUGCUGAGGGACAAUGAGAUGAGCUUUUAUCGCAAACUUCCCAAUGCUACGUCCCUCUUGGAUAUCACAGUGCAGUUCCUUCUUAUAGAGGGCAAUACCACUAAUGUCACUACCCUUAGUCUCUGGGAAGAGGUCAGCCUGAGCAAUCUCUCUUCCUUGAACUUUCUGGAUAUGAGCCAGAACCAGUUCCGGUACCUCCCUGAUGGCUUCCUGGGAAGGAUGACUUCCCUCUCUCAUCUGAAGCUUAACCAGAACUGCUUAGAGACCCUUCACAUCCAGGAGAGAGAACCCCUGGGCAUGCUCACGGACCUUGAUCUCAGCCAGAAUCAGCUCUCAGAACUGCAGGUGGAUCUAGGUUCUGAAGGCACCCUUCCAAACCUUAGAUUGUUUAAUCUGAGUGCCAAUAGGUUGCAGAGGGUGCCGCCUAACAUUUUCACCCACACAGAGAUCACUACAAUUGACCUCAGUCACAACCACAUAGACCUGUGUCCCCAGCAAGCUAAUGCAGAUGGGGCUGAAUAUCCCAUCUGCAUAGACUUAAGGAAUGUAACAUCCCUCAGGAAACUUUACUUGGCUGGGUGUGACCUGGAAAUGGUGGCCAGCAAUACUUUCAGUGGGACACCACUAACACACUUAGAUCUGUCUAACAAUCAGAGAGCACUGGCUGGGGGCCUACAACCUCUAAAAGAUAUUGCACUAAUGCUGCAGGUUUUAUCUCUCAGGAACACUGGCCUCUCUUCCACCAUGGAAGAUAUUGACUUCUCUGGCUUUCAGAACUUGGUAAGUUUGGACCUCUCUGAAAACUCCCUGACCAGCUUCCCAGAGUCCUUGAGUGGUCUGAAACUGCAUACCCUGGAUCUCCGGAGAAACCGUCUUCCCUCUCUUCCACAGCACUCAAUGCAGAAGCAACUUGGGAGGAGUCUGAGUGUGCUGUACCUCAGCCAGAAUCCAUUUGACUGCUGCAAGCUGGAGUGGUGGGACUUCCUUCACAGUCUCAGGACAGUGCAUGUUGUGGACAGGGGGCAGGUCACCUGCAACUACUCCUCUAACAUUAUUAAUACAGUGGGGCUGCCUGAGUCUGUGCUCCAGAGCUGCAGGUGGAUGACAGUGAAUAUGGCUUUGUUGUACCUGGUGCUUACUCUCCCUGCCUGCCUGACCCUGCUAGUUGCCUUUGCUGUCAUCUUCCUUACUUUCAAGCACAAGCUGCUUCAAAUGGUGAAAAACCAGUACAGAGUGUCCAGCCCAUACUGAUCUCUGUGGGCAAAGGAGUAGGCUGUUGGCACACAGAAUGCAGACAGAGUAGUAACUCUGUGAUCGAUGUGAGGGGCCGAGAGGAGAGUUAGCAGGGGUGCUUUGGAGGGAGCGGCCAGGAUACUGGCUCUCUGAUGUUCUCAUUGCUGCAUUUUGAGUGUGUCGCUUCCUGAUGCAUGUUCUCCCGUUGCUCUGGGCAGGCGUAGGGCCUUCUGCUGGGAAGCACAGUGGAGGCACUUGGAGUUUAACUCAGGGAGCACAGGGUUCAACAUGGAGUCAGAAGGCAAGAGAAUGGAGAAUUAGUGAUUGGAGUAAAGAAAAUGGAUUUUAAGACACUGAAAAUGAGUAAAUGGGAGAGAAAUUCAGAAGGGAAAGGUGAGGAUCAUGAUGAGGAAGAGCUGAACAUAAAAUUAGAAAGGGCAAAUAUUAAGAAAAACCAAUGAGGCAGCUGCAAAGUGGACUCAUUGGAUGCCAGGGAAUGAGAGGCAGGUGAGAUCAUCACCCUUUGCUAGAGGCUUCACUGGUGGCUAAGGAAGGGAGUUCAGGGUAUAUAAGUCCUGUGAAAUACACCUCUACCCCGAUAUAACGCUGUCGUCAGGAGCCAAAAAAUCUUACUGCAUUAUAGGUGAAACCGUGUCAUAUCAAACUUGCUUUGAUCCGCCGGAGUGUGCAGCCCCACCCCUGGAGCGCUGCUUUACCGCGUUAUAUCCAAAUUUGUGUUAUAUCGGGUCGCGUUGUAUCGGGGUAGAGGUGUAUAAAGCAAAUAUGCAUAUGUAUACACUAUAAAUAUAAACCAAUGAAGCUGCAGUUCUGAGUUAAGGCCUACAGGGAUCUAUUUUCUCCUAAUUGGAAACAAAUUCCCAUUCAUGACAAUUUACUUGAAUUUAUGUUGAAAUUGAACAGUCUUGGUCAAAUCAGAGUGCAAGGAUGUACAGUUGCUUUUCCCUCCCCACUGUCACCCUCAGACAUUAUACAUUUAUUUAUCACCAUAGUAUCUAGGAGAUGUAUGGUUUUGUGUUAUACAAAAACUGUUUUACAUUUAUGUAGUCCCUUGAAUGCUGAUUAGCAGAAUGGGGGUUGGUUUGCAUAAGGACUAAUUAAUUCUCAGUUGAGUAAAUGAGAAUAUUGUAUAUGUAUUAUGUGCAAAAUAGAAUAUGCAGGUGAAGUGUGAGAGUGAAAAUCCUCAUUCUAUUUAUUGCAAUGUGGUUAUUGCUCAACCAGUAUUUCAGAGUUAAAUAUCUAGCCCAUUUAAAAUCAUUUGGUCAUCUUUGUAAAUUAAUGACCAAGGUUAAACUGCAUAGAUGACCCCUUGCUAAACUUUACUUUUUAAUCAACUCAUUUUGAGCUGUAUAAUGUAAAAAAAAAAAAGUCCCCAUCACCUCAAUGAUUAAACUUUGAAGUACA